AUGGCUGCGCUGCCCCCUCCUCUGCCCCCCCCGCCGCCGCCCUCCCCUCCCCUCCCGACCCUCCUCCCCGGCGCUCACUCCGCGCCCAGCGCCCCGCCGUGCGGCUCGGGAGGCGGCCCGGCCCCGCGCAGCCUCCGCCGGCUCCGCGCUGGGAGCCAGCAGGUCUCCGGGAAGCGCGGAGGGUGGGGGGGAAUGCCGGAAUGCCCGGACCGCGGGGGCAAGGCGGCCCCCAUCCAUCAUAAAAUCUCCUUCUCCAUCUUAGACAUCCUGGAUCCUCAGAAAUUCAGCAGGAGAAGCGAACCGGCCGCGGGGAGCUGGGGCAGCGCCCCCCGCUCGGGCGAGCGGGAGAAAAGUUUGGGAAGAGUUGAAGUAGGAAAAGACGCUGCUGCUCCCGGCAGCGAGAGGAAUAAACUAGAGGCACAUGAUGCGCACCCCGCGGUGGAGAGCGGCACCGAGCGCGACGAGGAGGGUCCGGCCGGGGACGGCAGCGGGUCCGGGUGCGGAGCCCGCCCGGGCGCGGCGGAGGAGCCGGGCUCGCCGCGGGGCGGCAGGCGGCGGCGGGCCGAGCCGGGGUGCGGUAAGCCGCGGCGGGCGCGGACGGCCUUCACCUACGAGCAGCUUGUGGCCCUGGAGAACAAGUUCCGUGCGACGCGGUACCUGUCGGUGUGCGAGCGCCUCAGCCUGGCGCUGUCCCUCAGCCUCACCGAGACGCAGGUGAAGAUCUGGUUCCAGAACCGACGCACCAAGUGGAAGAAGCAGCACCCGGGCGCCGAUGGGGCGGCCCCAUCCUCAUCCCCGACGGCGGCGGUGACGGGCGGCGGCAGCCCCAGCCCGCCGGGUCCCGGCGCUUUGCCCUUCCAGACUUUCCCUUCCUACGCCGCUGCCAACGUCCUGGUGCCGCCGGCAGCCCCCUUCGCGCUGGGCGCCGGCACCUUCACGCCCUUCCUCGGCCCCGCGUUCCUCGGCCCCUUCUACGCCCCGCACCUCUGAGGCGGCGGCGGGACCGCCUGGGGCCGGGUGCGGGUCUCAGCGCCCUCCCUGCUGGUGGUUGCAUGGCGAUUUCAAGUGUAAGAAAGUUCAUUUCUUUUCUAAGCGUCGCAGCAGCAUGUUUAAGGCACAUUGAGAAAGAGAAAAAGCCCCGCUGUAACCGCUGGAUUUUAUUAGCACGCUCGAGAUGUAAUUAUAGGUAUUGGAGAUGGGAACUGUGACUCUCUUUACACAUGCCCGGUGCUAAUUCCCUGCAGAUUCUUCUCUGAGUUGGUUUUUAAAGCACUCCUCGCUGACGUUUGGCUUCUCGGCACACGUCUCAAUCCCCAAGGGCUUGGGAGCACUCCUUACCACUGCUGUUAUCCUGCUGAUGAGGUGAUGGUGGACAUGGACAAUUCAAAUCCCACGGAUGCUUGCCAGUGAAGAUGUCCCCUAGCUGUGAAUUUGCUCUGAAUUCACUCCUUCGACUCAGUUGUGCCCUGUUUGACCCAUGUUUUAUUCUCCUACCUGACUUGUGACCUGCAAACUGCACACCGUGCACUUGGUCUCCUACCUGGAGGAGAGUUUUCCUUCCUGUCUGAGAAGGCAGGGAACUGCAGCUCCAUGUCAUUGGGCAACGAGCAGGGAAUCUGCCCAUGGGUCUGUGGGACCUCUUCCUUUCAGGUCAUUCCCAGUGACUUGAAAGGUGUCGGAUGAGAUGUCUGAAGAUCGUUCUUUUUGCAGAGAACAGUUGUUCUUGUACUAACACAGCAUUAGUGUCAAAUGAGGCGGGAAAGAAACCAUAACUCAGAGAACACGACUGCAUUAUUCAUUCCUUUAAAAAUAGGGCAUUUGCGGUAGAAAAUAAGUGAAACACAGAGGUUCCAGCAUGCCGAGACCUAUUUUCCAUAACAGAGAAACACAGGCUUUUUCUUCUUUUGCUGUUUGGAGUGGUUGUUAGAAGGGAAAAUCACAUUUCAUCUUCAUCGUUCCAAGCACCGGGAUGAAAAGGAAUUCUAGCUGGGGGUUAUCUGUCCCUGAGUGGAUGGGGAGUAAUUGGCUUAAAAAAGUCUGUCUCAUGCAGUUCUCCACAUUAUUGCAACAUGCUGUUCAAGACUGUGUCCUCUCGCUCUGUUGCGAUGCUUUAAAGUACACAUUGGCUCUCCAACCAAAAAACCUGAGUUCAUAAAUCCUAUCUGGCUCUUGUGUCUGUCUAAAUAAAAAGGGUUUUUAAAUUAUUCCAUGUUGAAUUGGUUUUAAUUGUACCGGGAUGAAGUGGUGUUUGCUUCGUGGGCUGCUGGGUGCGGAUACUGACAGUGCCCUGUGUCCAUGAAUGCAGGUGGCACCUCACCCCCUCUGGGCUGGCUGUUAGGGGGGCUUCAUGGGACACCCCUCUCUUCCCAAAAUCGUCUUCCUGACUUCCAGCUUUGCCGGGAGCAGGGGUGUGGAACCCACAAGGCCAGUCCUGGGGAACCGGAAUGGCCUGCAGUGGGCUUUCCAUGCCGCAGGGGAGGUAUCAGUUUCUUCUCCACUGUUUGCCUAGCUAUGAACAAAACAUGAGUCUCCUCAGGUCAUGGAUUUGGAAGUCGUAACUACUGUAUGAAUGUAUUUACUUGCAGGUUAAUUACAGUAACUUUUUAACUGUAAUUUGGGUUAAGUUAGAGUUAUAAAAGGUGGAGUCAUUACAACCACUCUGUACCGCUGGAGCUGCUGUUGAAC